AUGAUUUCCUCCGUCGCUCAACCAGCGCCCGAGAAGAGGCGGGUUACCGUGCUAUACCGAGAUGAGAUCAACUCAUUGGUGGAAUCGUACAGGCGUGCUUUUGAGGAUGCUGGUCAUCCCACGGACCUCCGCUCCUUGGAGGAGGAUUUGCCUUCGGGUCAAGAUAUUAUAUCCUUGCUGGAACUGGAGGCGCCCUUCUUUGACAAUAUAGAUCAGCAUGAUCUGGAGCGAGUGAUUCAAUUCUCCUCUAGCCUCGAGUCCGCAAACUUGUUAUGGCUGACCCGACCAAUCCAAAUGGGUGCCAAAGAUCCUCGGUAUGCACAGGUACUUGGAUUUGCGCGGACCUUGCGAUCAGAGAAGCAGGCUAGCUUUACUACGUUCGAGAUAGACAACGUCCAGGAUAUUGUGGCAACCAAGAAAGCAGUGCAGGUCUAUGAGCAAAUAUUCAGGCCAGACAACGACCCCCAAUUGGAUCCAGACUAUGAGUUUGCCUUGCAUGAGGGCAUCGUUUACUCUUCCAGAUAUCACUGGGUCUCUGUUCGGGACGAACUUGCGUCUGCAGCCGAAAAGGUUGUUGACAAAGUCCUCAAGAUUGGGCAAAAAGGAAUGAUUGACAGUUUGCGCUGGGAAAAGAACGUUGAUGCGUCUAGGCCACUGAAGGGGCAAGAGGUUGCCGUCCGUCCUCACACUGUUGGUGUGAAUUUCAGAGUAAGUCCAUUGUCUCACGCUUCAAGUACGUAA